AUGGAUAUUUCUAAGCCAGUUGGUUCAGAAAUCACAUCUGUUGAUUUCGGAGUGCUAUCGGAUAGUGAAGUUCAAAAACUAUCAUCAAAACAAAUUACCAAUCCUAUCGUAUUUGACAACUUGGGCCAUCCAGUAAAUGGUGGUUUAUACGAUUUGUCACUUGGUGCAUUUUUAAGAAAUGUGUGUACUACAUGUGGAUUAGAUGAAAAGUUCUGUCCAGGACAUAUGGGCCAUAUUGAAUUACCAGUACCUGUUUACAACCCAAUGUUUUUUAAUCAGUUGUACAUCUUUUUGAGAAGUUCUUGUUUAUAUUGCCACCACUUCAAGUUAAGUCAUCUCGAAGUGCACUUGUUCAAAUGUAAAUUGCAACUUAUACAGUAUGGGCUAUUAUUGGAAUGUACUGAAUUGGAGAAUAUCAUGCCAGCUGGGAAAUCAGCCAAAGAGAUGAGCAAUGAUGAUGAAGAGGAAGAGGAAGGAGCAUCAGUUGAUGAAAAGACAAAGAAGAAGUUGAUGGAAACAAGAGAAAGAUUUGUAAAGAAUGCAAUUUCAGCAGCAUUGAAGGAUGGUAGAACCAGCGCUAAGGGGGUUAUUACUGCAUCCGUAGGUGAAGAGAGAAAAGCAACUAUACAUGAUUUUUAUCGCAGGUUGUUGAGCAGACCAAAAUGUAGCAACUGUGGAAUGUAUUCACCCAGUUUUAGAAAAGAUGGGUUUACCAAAAUCUUCGAGAACUCGCUCAAUGAUAAGCAAAUCACCAACAAUAGAGUUAGAGGUUUACAGCGUCCUGAUAUGAUUAGGAAGAAUGGAAGUAGUAACUCUACUGCAAGUGAUAUCCCAAACAUUAAGCACAAAGGGGGAUCGAAGUAUGUUUUGUCCUCAGAAGUCAGGAAUAUUAUUAGAGCAGUUUUCAAAAACGAGCAAGCUGUCUUGCAAAAGGUUUUCCAUUCAAGACCACACCAACGUGAAUAUGUCAGUGGUGACAUUUUCUUUAAGCAGUCCAUUUUGGUACCACCAACCAGAUUUAGAUUACCUUCCAAGUUGGGAGACGAAAUCCACGAAAAUGCUCAAAACGAAUUGUUAUCCAACAUUUUGAAAACAACAGUGUUGAUUGCUGACUUGAAUACUCAGAUAUCCCAAAUGUACGAAGCAAAAUUGAGUGGAGAACAAAAGAAAAUUGCAUUUAACCGGUUGAUGAAUUCAUUUGUCACUUUACAAAACGAUGUCAAUGCGUUUAUUGAUUCAACCAAGAACCAAAAUGCACCAGCUGGAAAAGUACCAAACCCCGGUAUCAAACAAGCAUUGGAAAAGAAAGAAGGUUUGUUUAGAAAGCAUAUGAUGGGUAAGCGUGUGAAUUAUGCUGCUCGAUCAGUCAUUUCACCAGAUCCAAACUUGGAGACUAAUGAAAUUGGUGUACCACCAGUAUUUGCAAGGAAGUUAACAUACCCAGAACCUGUUACUUCACAUAAUGCAGCUGAGUUGAGACAAGCUAUCAUUAAUGGUCCGGAAAAGUGGCCAGGUGCAGUACAAAUUCAAAACGAAGAUGGUUCUUUGAUUUCAUUGAUUGGUAUGGGUUUAGAACAGAGAAAAGCUUUGGCUAAUCAAUUGUUGACGCCUACAGGAAGCAACUCCUUUGUUGGUAAAAAGGUGUAUAGACAUAUCAAGAACAAGGAUGUGGUGAUUAUGAAUCGUCAACCUACUUUGCAUAAGGCAUCAAUGAUGGGACACAAGGUGAGGGUUUUACCUGGUGAAAAGACAUUGAGAUUGCACUAUGCAAACACUGGUGCUUACAAUGCAGAUUUUGAUGGUGAUGAGAUGAAUAUGCAUUUUCCUCAAAAUGAAAAUGCCAAGGCAGAAGCAUUAAAUUUGGCCAAUACCGAUAGUCAAUAUUUGACUCCAACAUCGGGUUCACCAUUGAGGGGUUUGAUUCAGGAUCAUAUUUCCGCUGGUGUAUGGUUGACCAGUAAGGAUACCUUUUUCACUAGAGAAACAUACCAGCAAUUAAUUUAUGGAUGUAUCAGACCUGAAGAUGGACACACCACAAGAUCGAGACUUAUUACAUUGCCGCCAGCUAUUUACAAGCCUGAAUUGUUGUGGACGGGUAAGCAAGUGAUUACAACUAUAUUGUUAAACAUUAAACCUGAUAAUGUGCCUGGUGUCAAUUUGAUUUCAAAGAACAAAAUCAAGAAUGAUUAUUGGGGAGAACAUAGUACCGAAAAUGAAGUUAUUUUCAAGAAUGGUGAAUUGUUGAGUGGUAUUUUGGAUAAAUCACAAUAUGGGGCUUCUCAAUUUGGUAUUGUUCAUUCGUUGCAUGAAGUUUAUGGUCCUGAGGUUGCUGGAAAAGCUUUGAGUGUGUUGGGAAGAUUAUUUACCAAUUACAUCAUGAUGACUGCAUUUACCUGUGGUAUGGAUGAUUUGAGAUUGACAGAGGAUGGUAAUGCUUGGAGAAAGAAUAUAUUGAAACAAUCUGUUGAUGUUGGUAGACAAGCUGCCACUGAAGUCACGAACUUGUCUGAAGAUACAGCCAACAAUAACAAAGAAUUGAGAAGAAGAUUGGAGGAAAUUUUACGCGAUGAUGAUAAAUUGGGCAUUUUGGAUGCCAUCACACAAUCUAAGGUGAAUGCCAUUACCUCUCAAGUUGUUUCUAAGUGUGUGCCUGAAGGAACAAUGAAAAAAUUUCCAUACAACUCUAUGCAAGCAAUGGCUUUAUCUGGUGCUAAAGGUUCCAAUGUUAAUGUGUCACAGAUUAUGUGUCUUUUGGGACAACAAGCGUUAGAAGGUAGAAGAGUGCCUGUUAUGGUUUCAGGUAAGACUUUACCUUCUUUUAAAGCCUUUGAAACUGAUGCAAGAGCUGGUGGAUAUAUCAAGCAGCGUUUCUAUUCCGGUAUCAGACCACAAGAAUAUUACUUCCAUUGUAUGGCUGGUAGAGAAGGUCUUAUUGAUACUGCCGUCAAGACAUCGAGAUCGGGUUACUUGCAACGUUGUUUGACCAAACAAUUAGAAGGUGUGCAUGUUAACUACGACAACUCAGUUCGUGAUGGUGAUGGAACCUUGAUUCAAUUCCUUUAUGGUGGUGAUUCUAUUGAUACUACUAAACAAUCACAUAUGAAUCAAUUUGAGUUUUGUUUGGAAAAUUAUGAUGCAUUAUUGGCCAAGUAUAACCCAGGAGAGAUGGUGGAGAAUUUGGACACUUCAAAAGCAUUGUCAUAUUCAAAGAAGGUUCGUAAAUCGAUGAAGAAACAAAAAGAUGUACCACAUUACGAACAAGAGAUUAAAUACGAUCCAGUUAUCAACACAUACAACCCUGCCAAGUAUCUUGGUUCGGUUUCUGAAAAAUUUCAAGAGAAAAUGGACAAGUUUGUUUCAAGUAAUCCAGACUUUUUUGCUCAGUCAAAAGAAGAAGCUAAAUCUACUGGUAAAUUAACCGAAAAGAAGUUUAGAGCAUUGAUGCAAUUGAAAUAUAUGAGAUCUUUAGUCAAUCCAGGAGAAUCAGUUGGUAUUAUCGCUUCACAAUCUAUUGGUGAGCCAUCAACACAAAUGACAUUGAACACUUUCCAUUUCGCUGGUCAUGGUGCUGCCAAUGUUACUUUAGGUAUUCCACGUAUGAGAGAAAUUAUUAUGACGGCAUCAGCGGCAAUCAAAACCCCGCAAAUGACAUUACCAAUAUUGCCCGAUGUUAGCGAUCAACAAGCUGAUGCAUUUUGCAAGUCAAUUGCUAAAGUUGUAAUGUCGGAAUUUGUCGAUAAUGUUACAGUCACCGAAACAACAUCACAAGAUGAAGAUGGAUCAAAUAGUAGAUCAUAUGUAAUCCACUUGGGAUUCUAUACAAAGGAUGAAUAUGAAGCUGAAUACGAUAUUAGUCAAGAACAAUUGGAAAACGUUGUUACACAAACUUUUAUUCAUGAUUUGGAAACCCAAAUUGUUAAAGAGGUGAAGAAACAAAAGAAACCUGAUUACAUGCCGACGGUUGGAAAAUCUGCUGGUAAAACAGAUAUGGAAACUGUUAGUGGGAAGAUUAAAGAAUUGAGUGAUGACGAAGAAGAUGUUGACGAAGAAGAAGAUGGGGCAGAUUUAGAAGAACUGAAGCAAAAGGUCAAACAACAAGUGUCGUAUGAUGGACCUGAUGACGAUGAGAUUGAAACUAUGAAACGUGCAGAGGAGACAAGUGACGAAGAAAUGGAAGAUGCAGAAGAAGAAAGUGGUGAUGAAUCAUCAUCGUCAGACAGUGAUUCUGAUGAAGAUGCUGAUGGCGAUGCAAACAUGGAAAAGAAGCCAGAGUUAUCACGUUUAGCAAAAGAUCGUCAAGCUGAAGUUAUUGCUCAACAUAAUAUGGUCACCAAAUUCAAUUUCGAUGAUGAUAAUGGAGAAUGGUGUGAAUUUAAACUUGAAUUGAAUGGAAAUGAAACUCAAAAAUUGUUGAUGGUCAACAUUGUUGAGGAACUUUUACGUAAAACCGUUGUACGUCAAAUCCCUCAUAUUGGAAGAUGUUUACGUCCUGAUCCGGAUACACUGGGUAAAAGAAUCUUGACUACUGAAGGUGUCAAUUUUAAAGCCAUGUGGGAACAAGAUGAUUUUAUUGAUGUUAAUGCCAUCACAUCCAAUGAUAUUGCUUCAGUAUUACGUACAUAUGGUGUUGAAGCGGCAAGAAAUACCAUUGUUAAUGAAAUAUAUCGUGUUUUCGAUACUUAUGGUAUUAGCGUUUCAUCACGUCAUUUAGAUUUGAUUGCUGAUAUGAUGACUCGUGAAGGUACUUAUUUGGCAUUCAAUAGACAAGGUAUUGAUAGUUCAACAUCUAGUUUUAUGAAGAUGUCGUAUGAAACUACAUGUCAAUUCUUGACUAAAGCUGUUUUGGAUGGCGAUCGAGAAGAAUUGGAAAGUCCCUCGGCAAAGAUUGUUAUGGGUAAAUUGGCAAAUGUCGGUACUGGAUCAUUUGAUAUUUUUGCUAAAUUGCCGGAGAAUUGA